UGUUAUGAGGUUAGACACACAGUUGCAAGCCCUCAGGAACCUUGUGUGAAACGGUACUAAUUGUGAUUUAUAACGACGCUCUACCGUGGCCCAAGUUACGAUAUGUAAACUGGACCUGGACUGGGAAACUAUGUUGGCUACCAGUAUCAGUGCCACGUGAUAUCGCAGAGCGCGGUAGAGUCGCCGCCGGGACAGUCUGUUCUCCAGGGAGAGCGAACGACGUUGCAGAGAUCUACAAGCGCCUCUUGGUCCCCACGCGUAUCCGUGUUGCCACUCACGUAACGCAGCUUGAAGGUGGAUUCCUAGUCUCUCCUCGCAGGUGGAUGCGUGUGCUGUGUACUGUUACAUGCGUGUAACAAACGCGUAUAGAUAAAGCACAUAGACAGCAGGAACUCUACAUCGCAGGGACCUCCGUCCGGAGUCAGCUCGAUGCGGGAUGGCGUGGAGUUUGUAGCCAGUGGCGUCAUAGAAAAGAGUUCGCCAGGAACUGCAUCGUCCUGUGGAGCCAAUGGAGCGUUUGAGUUCGAGAUCCCAACGCAUUGGACCAAAAGUGUACAGGAGUCGUAGGAUUCAAAGUAAAUGGGGCGCGCAGUAUCACGAAGCUAUACAGGACAUUGCGUUCGGCAUGCAAUGCCUGCCCUACAUGCCGACGGAACCGCCGGCGUCCUUGAGCGAAGAGAUCGUGGAAGCUGGUCCGUUGUACGUGUGCGAGCACUGCAAAGACUGUUUCCGCUUUCAAAGCAGCUUUCAGGAUCACAACGAGCGCCACAGCUGGAUCUUGGGGCUUCGGUGUAACAGUUGCUUAGAAAGAUGCACUCACGUAACUGCGACAGACUCUGCGCAUACAAGGUGCGCCAUAUGCGCGCAAAGGAACAACGACAAGCGCAGGUACUUUCGGGGAAGAGGCUUCAAUCGGAACCAAAAGUUUGGGGCUAUCAAAGUAUUCUACAACCAGUGCCAGUUCGUCGAACACCUGAAGAUGCAUCGAUUAUACUCGGUGAACAUCGGUAAUUUAAUGUUAUUACCUAUACCUGUCAACAUGAGAAGCAGCGAUUGGUCUCCGGAAUUUGAAAUAGUAUGCGAGGCACUUAUGGAAUAUGGAUUUAUAGCACACGGACAUAUUAUAGACUGGUUUAAGGCGCACAAUUUGGAGGACAGCUGGUGGAGGCUCGUUGAUGGCAAAAGUGGUAACGAUAUGAUAAACAAACUUGUCGACAGUUAUCAGGGUCGAUAUGUAUUCGGACCCGACGACAAAUCAAUAACAGAUAUGAAUUUCAGUUCUUCUAGUGCUAGCACUGACUGCCCGGACAUUGAAUUUAUGGACGACAGUUCCAUUGAUAAAGCUACUGAUCGCUAUUCUGCUGGUACAAUCUCGGGCAAUCAUAUCGUGGAAAACGAGGAUAAUCCAUGUACGUCGACUGAUAUUACUUUUGUUGAUUGCGGCCCUACUCCACAAUAUUUUGAGCCAGAAGCGCCGGUGUGUUAUGCACAUAGGAAACAAGUGACGCCACAAGAGAUAAAACAGAAGAAAAAUUCUCGCUUAUUUUACACAGCCGCGGUGAAUAAUAAAAUUAGGAGCGGUCUUAAAAGUCACGAAGAGGAUAGGAUUCACGAAGCUGCUAUUACCGUAAGAGCUGGCGAUAAUGGUUCUAAGAAAAAUCUUGUUAAACAAUCGUCGAAAGAUAACGUGCAACAAUGUAAAACAGUUGAACCUGUUGUAAAGCAAACUGCACAGAAUAAUUCUAAGAAAACUGGCGGUAGUAAAAUUUCUGACAAUUCAAUUCAGAUUGGUGUCCAAUUGUCCGCUAAGAAAAGUGCAAUAACCAAGACUAAUUUAGAUCAUUUAGGGCAAAGUCUUCAGACAUCAAGAAUAAAUAGUAAUAAUUCCAAUGUACUGACUAUCCAGGAUUCUAAGAAGAUUGCUUCGAUAAUUAAUCAACUUCCACCUCACCUUAUUUCCAACAAGAAAGUAGUUGUCAUAGAACAGGAUUCACGUAACGUCAUCGCUCGUCGCAAGAAUAAGGCGACUGCCAAAAAAGAUUCGAGCAUCUCGGUGGUAGAUAACAAUGGUGCAGACUCCAAUAUAUUGUCAACGCAGAAGAUGUGCGAUUCCAAUGUCAAUAAACUAGAAGUCACUGGAAAAAUUGUAAUAAAAGACGGAAAGAAGUACCUCAUUAAACGUACCAAAAAUAUUACAAAGAAUCCAGCGAGUUCUAAUUUAGCAAUUGUGAGAAAUGCCGCGACAGUUACAAAACAAUCAACGUCGGAACACAACGCUUCAGAGUCAAGUUUAACGUUCGCUAGUUCUAAUGAAAUCGAAAAUACUGACGUGGAACAAACGACCUCGCUUCACAACAAUGUUUCUCUUUUGCCACCGCCACCCUCUCUCUCCGAAAUGUCCAGUAGCUCUAGUUGCGAUAAGAAAACUUUAGUUAUGCCACAAUUACAGAAAAUACCUCCGCAUUUAAUUUCGUUAUCUGCAAUGGAUCAGUCUCAAAAAUACAUAUUCGAAACAAUAUCACUAAUUAAAGAGGAAAAUGGAGAUAUAUAUAUGGAUAUAAAAGUGGUAGAUCGUAAUGUACGGGAAAGUCUUCGGGAUGUGUGCGAUGUAAUAAUAAAAUAUAGGCAAGAAAUGUUUAAUGAGUUUAAGCAAAUGAAUACGUUGGAAUUGAAAGAACGGCUCGACCAUUUGCAAUGCGUUAGUGAAGAAAUGAAGCAAAUGUUGAAUUUCAUAUCGAAGACCGUCCUUGCGGAGAAAUUAAGAGCCGUCGAUAUUCUUCAAAAAAUAAUAUUAAAAGAAUAUUUCGAUAGAUUUGAGCAAAAUAACGUUCGUGAUAACGACGUGUUGUUAACCGAGUGGGAAACGAAAGUUGAUCCAGUACACAAGUGUCGAACGUGCAAUAAACUCAUGAAACCUAAAUCAUAUAUAGCCGGGUUUUCAAAAUUAUCCAGGAAUGACGACACGUAUUGUUCUUGCUACAAACAAGUUUGCCACGUGUGUCUGUUUUACCAAGGCAACACGAUUUAUCGGUUUAUCACACAUCAAAACUUCCAUACGCUGAGCAAACCUUACGUUUGUCCAGAUUGCUUUAUCAAAUUCGAUUCUGCUACCUCUUUGGAAGUUCACACAUGGACCGUUUGCUUUCAUAUAUUAAAAAGGACCAUAUUUAAUUGUAAACUUUGCGGUAUAGAUGGCUUUAGGGAUUUGGAAUCUAUCACCAGACACUUUGCUAUCAUGCACAGCAAAAUGAAGAUCGGUUGCGAAAAUUGUUUACAAGUGCUUGCCUCGUAUAGUGAGUACACGCAACACUGCGCACAGAAACAUCCGUCUAAAGUCGAGCAGAAUCCAAUACGACUAGUAAUAUGUAAAGUAAGUAAUGUAAUCUUACGUUGCGAGAAUUACAUGUCAUACUUGGAGAAGUAUCUUGGAGUUAAAAAAUUAGUAUGGCUCAAAUGUCCCUUCUGCAACUUGUUAACUACAGCUAACAAACACGUGACGACGUUGCUGAACAAUCAUAUGCGAGACAGUCAUUUAGAAGCCUUGUCAAAGGUCCUUAGCAAAGAGGCAUUUAUCAAAAUUUUCGGUGUAAAAGUUCUAAAGGCAAUCUCCUUUAAAAGUAGCCAAGACGGAAAGUUGCCAACUCGCUUGGAUCGUACCGUCGUGCCUAGAAUUGUGAAUACUCGAACUAUCAGUUCGGAAAUAUUCGAACAUGGCUCGCAGGGUAUGGAGUGUACGUGGUCUGCGGGUACCAAUAAAGUCGUCGAUGAAAGUCCAAUGAAGAAGAAAGUUGCCAAUAAAGGGAAAAGAGAAUUAUUACCAAAAAUAAUCAACGUUAGAUCGAUAGACGAUAUAAAGGCAUCCAAACCUAAGGAGGCGAUUACGAAAUUUUCAAACGAGACGAAAAAGAAAUCUAAUUCUUCCUCCGUUCACGUUACAAUUGAGAUUGAAGAGAAAAAAGUGAAUCCAUUCGAAGUUAAGUGUAUCCAUAAAACAACAAUGGAGUUAGACGAUAGCAAUGAGGACACAGCGAAGACAAGAGAGUCUGUUAAGGAUAACGAAUUGAUAAGGAAUGCUCUAUGCGUUUCCGACCCUUUCUCAGUAAACACGGGUGACGUUCGUGCAAAUUCGCCAAUCGUAUCGAACAAACAAGUUUCGAACUCCACAUCCGAGAGAAGAAUGGAUGGCCGCAUAAAAGUAGUUGACUUUAGGAAAAUAUGUAAACCGGACGUCGAUCAACUCUUUACCGAGGAAAUGUUCGAUAUAAAGAUGAAAGAUGAAAACGCAAGUUAUUUGCCAUGUCCUCCUCCGCUCACCAGGAUCCCGCAGCAUUUACUCGAACCUGUAGAAGUCAAUGAGUCGGACAGCGAGUCAACAGAGUCGAGAUCAAAGAGGUCUCUCGUUCGAGGAGUGACCGAUGAGUCAAAAGUGCGUAUCGCUCUAGGAACAGACACGCAGGGGGAAGAAGGUGUUGAUUACCUGUGCCACUUGUGCAACGAACGGAUUAAUUCUUCUCAGUUUGUGGUGCAGAGACAUUUUCGUGAGAAGCAUUCCGACGAGUAUAAAGUGGCGGUGAUUACUCCGCAAUUACCACGGAUGUCGCCCGACUUUAUUAACGGUGGUUACAAACAAUUUAUAAAUAACAGGAAGCGAAAAUCGGACAGCGCUCAGUGUGCAAGCAGAAGGAAGCGACGGUGGACAGCGAAGAAGCAUGUGGAGGCGAAAGAUACAAAUCCGAUAGGAUUAUGCGUGGAACAGGAGACGGCGGAGGACGGCGAGGGUAAUUUUAUAUGCAAGAAGUGUGGCCAACGAUGCACCGAUAUGCCCGAUCUAAGGGAGCACAUCGCCGCCAAUCACCGAUUGAAGGGCCAUUAUCUGAUAUGCCUGGAGUGCGGCGAGAACUUUGUGGUUGCGCCCAGCUUACAGAUGCAUCUUAAAGCUUUUCACGGUAUAGAAGAUCCUAUCCACUAUAUGGCUCAAAACCCCUUUUACGCCCCGAGUGAUGCUGACUUGCAGUCGGAAGGGAAAACAACAAUAGCUAAUCAGUGCUACGUUUGUAUGGCAGUUUUCGAAGAUAAAGCUGCGGUGGACAAGCAUUUGAGGGUGCACGGCAUGGCUUUCCUGAAUCGCAAGAGGAUAGAGGCGAGAAAUGCUCUGGAGAAGAAAACCAGUACGGAGGGGGAUAAGUCGAAUCUUGUCGGAAACGAUUCGAAGGAAGCUGGUAAACGGGAUAAACCGGCGGAAACAAUUCUGGAAAAGAUUAAUGCGGCGAUAUAGCUACAGAAGAUGAAACGUAGGGACGACGUACGGAAGAAAACGGCGUUGUAAUACAAUGGAUUCAUCAAUCUUACUUACACGCUCGUUUCUGUAUAUUUGCGCGCUCAACUUUUCAUUGUUUAUAUCCUUAAAUAUUGCAUCACUGAAUCAUUAGAUCUCUUUUUUUCGUACCGCGUGUACUUUGUAAUAUAUUACUUUCUUAUGUAAUGUUAUUCAGGCGAAUAGAUAGAAAAAUAAUGCGUGAUAUGCGAGUGAAACAGUAAUAAAAGAUAGUAGAUAAUUAUGACAGAGCAAGACAAAAUCUGCUAUGUAAAUUGACCAUUUAUGAAAA